UUAGGAUGACACAGAUAGCGAGUCCUGGUCGGAGCUGCCGCUAAAUUUAGGAAAAACAGUGGUGUCCUCGACUUCCAAUCUCCUGGGGGGGCAACCCUGGGGGGGAGGUGUCAGGGGCAUGGACGCCACCCCCUGGGGGGCCCUGCUGCUAUCUCCUCUGCUCCCCAUGCACUGGCCUCUGAGUUGGAAAAUGCUUAGAAAUCUCUCCAGGAGGACAACUCCAGCCGCAGUGGAGGAAAAAGGAGCCUCCGAGGGGCGACGCUGCUGACAUGGCUCAGGAAAACUCGGCCUUCUCCCCUGGGCCAGAGGAACCACCCGGGGGUCUCCCCCGCGCCCUGGCUGCGCGCGCCGAACCCCGGGAGCCUCCGGAGAGGCCGCCCCGACGGGGCCGCCAGCGCUACGUGGAAAAGGACGGCAAGUGUAACGUGCAGCAGGGCAACGUGCGGGAGACGUACCGCUACCUGACGGACAUCUUCACCACACUGGUGGACCUGCAGUGGCGGCUCAGCCUCCUCUUCUUCGUGCUCGCCUAUGCGCUCACCUGGCUCUUUUUCGGCGCCAUCUGGUGGCUGAUCGCCUACGGCCGAGGGGACCUGGAGCACCUAGAGGACACGACGUGGACGCCGUGCGUAAACAACCUCAACGGUUUCGUGGCCGCCUUCCUCUUCUCCAUCGAAACCGAGACCACCAUCGGCUACGGGCACCGCGUCAUCACGGACCAGUGCCCCGAGGGCAUCGCGCUGCUGCUGCUGCAGGCCAUCCUGGGUUCCAUGGUCAACGCCUUCAUGGUGGGCUGCAUGUUCGUCAAGAUCUCUCAGCCCAACAAGCGCGCCGCCACGCUCGUCUUCUCUUCGCACGCCGUGGUGUCUCUGCGAGACGGGCGCCUGUGCCUCAUGUUCCGCGUGGGUGACCUGCGCUCGUCUCACAUCGUGGAAGCCUCCAUCCGAGCCAAACUCAUCCGUUCGCGCCAGACCCUCGAGGGCGAGUUCAUCCCCUUGCACCAGACCGACCUUAGCGUGGGCUUCGACACGGGCGACGACCGUCUCUUCCUCGUCUCGCCACUAGUCAUCAGCCACGAGAUAGAUGCCUCCAGCCCAUUCUGGGAGGCGUCACGCCGUGCCCUCGAGAGGGAUGACUUCGAGAUCGUGGUGAUCCUUGAGGGCAUGGUGGAGGCCACUGGGAUGACUUGCCAAGCCAGGAGCUCAUAUCUGGUGGAUGAGGUGCUGUGGGGUCACCGCUUCAUGUCUGUCCUGAGCCUAGAGGAUGGUUUCUAUGAGGUGGACUACGCCAGCUUCCAUGAGACCUUUGAGGUGCCCACCCCCUCCUGCAGUGCUCGAGAACUGGCUGAGGCUGCUGCUAGGCUUGAUGCUCAUCUCUACUGGUCCAUCCCCAGCCGGCUGGAUGAGAAGGUGGAGGAGGAAGGGGCGGGAGAGGGGCCGGGCUGGGGGAAUGAAGGAGACAAGGAGAAGAAUGGCCGCCUGCCCCCCCCAGAGAGUGAGUCCAAGGUGUAGUUAUAUCCAGAGAAGGAAGGAAAACCCCUCUCCCUACUACCUCCCAACCCCCAGCGUCAGACAGAUGGCUAGGAUCAGGAUGGAUAGGAGAAAUGGUAGCAGAGAGACCUAGACAUAAAAGAGAAAAAAGUUUAAGUACCUAGAAGGAGCUUGAAAUUCAAUGGGGCCUUGAGAACCUCAGGUCUAGGAUUCCCUCUCAGGAGAGAACUCGUAUGGGUGUUAGGGGUAGAAUUGAGAAACCAUUUGCUGUGGAGUUAGGUGGGUGGGAUAGUGGUUAUGGAUCGUUGCAUUUAUGCUUCUUAUUAAAUCUAUUUAAAGAUGGACAUACAUUUGAGUGGUAGAGGGUCAGAUCAGUAUUUGGGUAAGAAGAUAAAAGGAGAGAGAAAUGAUUUAAUGAAUACAUGACAGGAUCAGAAACUGAGAGUUUUAUGAGAAGAUGGAUAGAGAAAUGGAUGGAAUGAUAGGAUUAGGAUUAGAUUGGAUUACAGUGUUGAGUGCAUUGGAGAGAGGGAGUUGUGUAGGAAUCUGAGUGGAUGGAUGGAUGCAUAGAUGAAUGGAAGGAUGGAUAGGACAGAGAGAAAAAUAUAUGGAAAUUGUUGAAUGGGUAGGAAAGAAUGGAAGACUGUUGAUAAAUGGAAAAAUAGAAAAGAGAUAGAGGGGAAUUAGGAACUGUUCCUACCCCAUUCCAUGAAGUCAGAGAGCUCUGAGUUGAGGUUAGAGGAGAGAGAACUUGUGCCUGGGGGGAAGAAAGAGUAAGUCAUGGGUAGCUGGCUCUUCAGAUGGGCUUUUAAAAAGCUUCUAUACUAAGAAUUAUAUGCAUAUAUAGAUCUAUUUUUAACUGUGGGGUUGGAUGGGGUGGUAAGAGUUUGGGAGUGAUCCUAACAUCAGCAGGUAACUCCAAUGCAGUUGGGGAUCAAAAGAAGUUCUUCCUGGAGAAGAGAGGGAAUUUGAGCAGUGGUGUUCAUUCAGACAGGGGUUAUGUGAGCCAGAACUGAAGAAAGAGAGUCUUCUAUCACUUUUGUCACUGUUGAACAAAAUGGGAGAUGGAAAAAAGAGAGAAUCAAUCGAUGCUAUUGACAGGGUAUUAACCAUGUGUGGGAGCACUGACCUGGGUACCAUAUGAGAAACAAGAGAACAUGAGAGAACUGGCCCCUAUCUUGGUUAUGUAUCUGGUAAGAAAUAAUACAUAUGUAAAAAAACCUGAAUAAACAAUAUAUGAAUCCAGGAAAAUCAAUAUAACUGAGACUGAGAGCAAGUACUAAGAAGCACCAAAUAAUGAACAAACAAAUUGGGAGAGGGCAGUAGCAUCCUUUGAGCUAAAUUCUAAGGCAUUUAAGGAUCUGUGCCAGUGGGCAAAGAGAGGAUAGCAUGAUUACUGUGGAUAGAAGGAAUUUAUAGAGGUCUGAAGGUAGGAAUGGGAGCAGACCAACUGGGCAGAACCAGGUGAAAUGGAGAGCCUGAAUAUGGUGGGGAGAAGAAGGCCUUGAAUCUCAGGAUUAAGAAUCUGGAAUCUUCUAAGCUGAUAUCAGAGAACCAUUGACGGUUUUUCAACAACUCAAUGAGCACUGAGUAAAUUCUUGCUAACCCCAGGCACUGAGGUUACAAAGGCAAAAUGAAACAGUUAUCUCCUCAUGGAGUUUAUAGUCUAUUGGAGAGAGACAAUACAUGUGCACAGAGAAGUAAAUAAAAAUAUAAGAAUAAGGACCAGAACAGUAAUUUCACUAGAAAAGGAAACUGCUGGCUGAGAAACUCCCUCUACAAUUCCUUUUACCACUGUAAUAGUUGGUACUUUCUCUGAAAUUCAUAAUCUUAGCAAGAUCUCCGAAAAGAUCAAAUGUCUUGCCUAAAGUCACUUAGUUAGUAUAUGUCAGAGACAGAACUUGAUCUGUCUUCCUAGAUUCAAGGCCAGCUCCCUAACCAUUGUGCUUAUAUAUGGUAAAGAUGCACAGAGAAGCACAAAACAGCUUGGGGAUCAUGGAAAGUAUCCUCUAGGAUUGGCGCUUGAGCUGAGCAUUGCAGGGAGUUAGAGAUAACAAGAGGUAAGAAAGAAGGAGAACAUUUCAGGAAGAAAGUAUGGGGAGGGAAGAGCAGCAGGAAGUGGGGAGGGAGGAGAGGAUCAUGGAGAGCAGCCUUUGCAAAGGCAGGGAGAUGAGAGCAGGAUAUGCAUAGGGAACAGCAGGGGAGUGACCUUGGAUUAUGAGGGAUAUGUGCUUUAGGAAGAUUUGUCUGAUGAUGAUUGUGGGAUGGAUUGAAAGGAAGAGACAAAGGGGGUAGAGACCUCAGGAGGCAAUUAGGAAGCAAUUGAAGUAACCCAUCCAUAAAGGCCUAGAGGAAAUGGCAUUUAACAUUUAAAAAUUGGGUUUGAGUUUAGGUCAAUUCCCUGAGACUGAGUACUCUGAGGAGAGAGGACCUAAAUUAGAAUGGUGGCUACAGAAAUAAAGCCAAUCUCUUACAGGAGAAAGAUGAGCAGGAUGUAGCAAUGGAUUAAAAAAAAAAAAAGGAAUAAAACAGAGAAAAGCCUCAUAGGUGACUUUGACUGGGACUGUGGCCUGCUGUCUGUCUGUGCUGCUCCGACUGGGAACCCCACUCCCCCGAAUCUCCCUUUCAUAUCCUCUCAUGCCCUGCCUGUCCGUCCCAUCCUUCUGAUCCAGUAAUUUAAAAGCAGAGGCCUAUGGUACCAGAUCAUGAGGGAUAAGGGUGGGGGCAAAGCCCAGAGGGUAAGGUGUGAUGAGAGGAAAGCAAACUUCUCUGGCCAUUCUUCUUGAAAGGAAGUGAAAGAAAACAUGGUCACUGCCCAAGUGCACCUACACCCUAGUCCUGUCUGCCCUCAAGAAGAAAGGAGGACAUAUAUGGCAGUGCUAGCUUAGUGAGGGGCCUUUGUUUCACAACUGUGACUUCAUAUUCACUCCUGCUCUUUAAUAAACUUACAGCCCCUCUGGGGGGAAGAACCCUA